UUGUCUCGCGAGAAUGGGUUAAAUCUCGGCGACGCAGCUGAAGACGAGAAGAGAGCAGAGCGCCGCUAACAGCCUGAACUCAGCCGCUAACGGUCUCUUUAACAGCCGCCAUGUUUUCCUGUCGGCUUCUCGGCCUGCUGGCUGUCGUCUUCUUCCAGAGCUCCGUGUUGGCCGAUCAGCGCCGGCUCUCUCCAGAAAAUCUGCUUGUGAUCACCGCGGCAACGGAGGAGACUGAUGGCUUCAAUCGCUUCAUGAGGACGGCCAGAGAGUUCAGCUACACUGUGAAGGUCCUGGGUCUGGGGGAGCAGUGGAAGGGGGGUGACGUGGCUCGGACCGUGGGUGGGGGUCAGAAGGUCAGAUGGUUGAAGGCGGAGCUUCUCAAACACUACGACAACAAGGACAUGGUUGUCUUGUUCGUGGACAGCUACGACGUGAUCUUCGCAUCCGGUCCGGAGGAGCUGCUCUCCAAGUUCUCUCGUCUGGGUCACCGGGUGGUUUUCUCAGCGGAGGGAUUCUGCUGGCCUGACCAGAGACUGGCUUCCAGAUACCCAGAGGUGCAUUCUGGGAAACGCUACCUCAACUCAGGAGGGUUCAUCGGCUUCGCUUCAGAUCUCAGUUCGAUGGUCCAACAGUGGAAAUACAAAGACAACGAUGACGACCAGCUGUUCUACACCAAAAUCUACCUGGACAAGAAACAGAGGGCCAAGUUCAACAUGACUCUCGACCAUCGUUCCCGAAUCUUCCAAAAUCUGAAUGGAGCUGUUGAGGAAGUCGUGCUGAAGUUUGAGAGAUCAAAGGUCAGAGCCAGGAACGUAGCCUACGACACACUUCCUGUCAUCAUCCACGGCAACGGCCCCACCAAGCUGCAGCUGAACUACCUGGGCAACUACGUCCCCUCGGCCUGGACCUUCGAGGACGGCUGUGGGGUCUGUGACGACCACCUGCUGUUCUUCAACGACGCUGCUGACGAGGAGAUGCCGCUGGUGUACCUCGCCGUGUUCAUCGAGCACGCGACUCCCUUCAUGGAGGAGUUCUUGGACCGACUGACGACGCUCAACUACCCACCGGCGAAGAUCCGCCUCUUCAUCCACAACAACGUCGUGUACCACGAGCACCACAUCCAGAGGUUCUGGGAGCGUCACAGAGCUCUGUUCCCCGACGCUCUGCUUGUUGGACCAGAGGAGAACCUGCAGGAGAACAAAGCCAGAGCCAUGGCUGUCGGGGCGUGUAAGAAAGAUCCAGAAUGUGAUUACUACUUCAGCAUCGACUCUGACGUGGCCUUGACGAACCCUGAUACGCUGAGGAUACUAAUCGAAGAAAACAAGUCAGUUAUUGCUCCCAUGUUGUCCAAACACGGCAAGCUGUGGAGUAACUUCUGGGGCGCUCUGAGUCCUGAAGGGUUCUACUCCCGAUCCGAAGACUACAUUGAGAUCGUCCAAGCCAAGAGGAUGGGUCUGUGGAACGUGCCAUACAUCACUCAGGCCUACCUGAUCAAAGGCAGCGUGCUGCGGUCCAAGCUGUCCCAGGUGAGCCUGUACGUGGAAGAGGGGAUGGACCCUGACAUGGUUUUCUGCAGGAGCAUCAGAGACCAGGGAGUCUUCAUGUUUGUGUCGAACCGUGACGAGUUUGGUCGUCUGGUGGCGUCGUCCAAUUUCAACACGUCCAGGCUUCACCCGGAUAUGUGGCAGAUCUUCGACAACCCUGUGGACUGGAAGGAGAAGUACAUCAGUGAAAACUACUCCAAGAUAUUUGAGGAUGAGAAGAGCUUUGUGGAGCAGCCCUGUCCAGAUGUUUACUGGUUUCCAGCCUUCUCAGAGAAGAUGUGUGAUCAUCUGGUGGAGACCAUGGAGCACAAUGGCCAGUGGUCUGGAGGAGCACACAAGGACGAGCGUCUGGCCGGUGGUUAUGAAAAUGUCCCAACUGUAGAUAUCCACAUGAACCAGAUCGAAUUUGAGAAGGAGUGGCUGAAAUUCCUCAAAGAGUACAUCGCCCCUGUCACUGAAAAACUCUAUCCUGGCUAUUACCCCAAGGCCCAGGCCAUCAUGAACUUUGUGGUGCGUUACCGUCCUGACGAGCAGCCGUCUCUGCGGCCACAUCAUGACUCCUCCACCUUCACCAUCAAUGUCGCCCUGAACAGUAAGGAUGUCGACUACGAGGGUGGAGGCUGCCGGUUCCUGCGUUACGACUGUCAGGUGGAGUCUCCGAGGAAGGGCUGGUCCUUCAUGCAUCCCGGCCGCCUGACGCACUACCACGAGGGUCUGCCCACCACCAGAGGGACCAGAUACAUCAUGGUGUCCUUCGUAGACCCCUAACAACACCAAGAGUGUGUGCCUGAGUGUGUAAGUGUGUGUGCGGUUAAAGAGACACACCCACCACUUGUGUGUGUGUGAACGUCAGUCGACCUCAUCACAAUAGAGACAACAGACAGGACAGAGAAAUAGACGUGAUGAACUUGAAUGCAUCGUCUCCACAUUUUCCUACCUGACUUUUAUUUUUUCUGAAGUUUGUCUUCUGUUCUGAUUGGAUGAUCCACAUCUACGGCAUUUCAAAAUAAGAGACCGUUGAGGUUAAGCUCACGAGUCGCCGCGCUGCCUUAUCUUAUUGAACUAUGCAGACUGGACACACUCCAUCUCCUUCAGCACUGAACCUGCACCAUGAUGAUGUCAUCUGUUACGUUUCUUGCAAAGUCGGACAAGCUUGCUUCAGUUAUUGUUUUUAAACGGCACGUCAUCACUGGGAUGGAGCCACAGGUCACAAAUCGUAUAUCUUUUUUCUUUUUUUAAGAAUUCAGGAGUCAAAAGUGUGUAAAUGGCGUUUUAAGGAGGUGAAACAGUUUCUGGGAAAACCCUCGAGGCCUUUUUAAAAUAUUUCUAUGUUUUAUUCUUCAUUGUUUAAUGUCUUUGGAGUAUUUUUCUAUCGUGGUGAGAAACCUCCUCUUUUGGUGCGUUUGAGGAACCGGAGGACUCUGGACCGCCCCGGAGGACUCUGGACCGACCCGGUCUCUACGGGACGUGGUCUUUGUUUCCUCUCAUGCGACGAGUCAACGUCUCUGGCUUUGUACAAACUGCGUUAAAUUAUUUGACUGAGCGAAUAAGUUUUGAGAUUUUAAUAAAGCAUUUUACUGUC